UGCAUUUUUAUUUUCUGUUGCUUUUCAGCUUUUCCAUGUUUUCUUGCAUGAUCAUGUUGCUGCGUCUCAGUUUCAUGUUGCUCCUUUGUUGCAGUGUCUUGCCUUGUAUCCAGUCAGGUCACACACACACAGCUGUGUCAUGUCUUUCUUUGUUUAGCUUUGUUUCUUUGCAGUCAGGUGAUAAACAAUACAUCUGUGCUAAUGUGGGCCAAAGGACAGUUUCUGUCAGUCUGAGAAAGUCAUCCGACUGGUGAAACUCACUUUACUCAUUUACUGGUGAUCAGAUAUUUGUGUGUGUGCGAUUCUAGCAGACAGUGUUUUGGUUUUGUUUGAUAACAGCUCUCUGCUGAAAGUGACAGGACUGUCUGAAAUGUGAGACCUCAGCUGUCUGAUUUCCUCUGUGUGUUUGCGUGAGUGUGUUCACAGCUGACAAAGAUUCAUUGUUUUACUGUCAGACUCUUUUAAAAGAAGAUGUGUGAGGUUUUAAAGCAGAUUAUUAGGCUGUGAUUCAGUGCAUUUGUGUGUCCGUGCGUGCGUGCCAAACACAAUAAAAUGUUGUGUGUCUUUCAGGGAUUGGUUUUACUACAGUACAGAAUUAGCUUCUCUGUGUGCUUCCUCAUGUGACUCACCUGAUGACAUCGCUCUAUGACAUCACAGUCUCUGUGAGGUAGUUUUGGUCAAAAGGAAGACGAGGCUGCAUGCACUCAGUCACUCCUCCUUUACUUCUUCUCCCUGAAGUUCUCUCUGUUUUUGUGUUGUUUCUUCCUGGAUCCACUCAGAAGCUGUAAACAUGUUUCUUUGUCUCUGUUAAGCUACGCUAAAGAUGUCCGAUAAUGGGGAGGUCGAGGACAAGCCCCCAGCUCCACCCAUGAGAAACACUAGCACCAUGAUAGGCUCCUGCAACAAGGACCCCACCCCCCUCAACCACAGCUCCAAGCCUCUGCCACCGAACCCAGAGGACAAGAAGAAGAAGGACCGCUCGAUCCGAUUCAUCCUGACCGGAGGAGGUGACAAGACCUAUAAGAAAAAGGAACGGCCAGAGAUUUCACUGCCCUCUGAUUUCGAACACACCAUCCAUGUUGGCUUUGACGCUGUUACCGGGGAGUUUACUGGUAUGCCAGAGCAGUGGGCCCGCCUCCUGCAGACAUCCAACAUCACUAAGCUGGAACAGAAGAAGAAUCCUCAGGCCGUUCUUGAUGUUUUAAAGUUCUACGACUCGAAGGAAACUGCAAACAGCCAGAAAUAUAUGAGCUUCACAGAUAAAAAUGCAGAUGCCUUCAGCUCCUCCACCACAACGAAUGCCAAGGCUGUGUCAGAGACACCUGCCAUAGCAACCGUAUCUGAAGAGGAGGACGAAGACGAAGCUGAACCACCACCGGUGAUUGCCCCCCGACCAGAACACACCAAAUCAAUAUACACCCGCUCAGUGAUCGAGCCCCUCCCUCCUCUCCCAUCAACCAAAGAUGCUGCGACUUCACCCAUCAACCCACCGUCAGCUGCAGGAGCCUCCACUGCUGCUGCCGCCGCCGCCGCUGCCAUCACCCCCGCCCUGUCCACAGACGGAGCCCCCAGCAGCCCUCCCAGUGCAAGCCCCGCCCCUGGACCCUCCAUACCUCAACCCCUAGACAAAACCAGGAAGAAGAAGAUGUCAGAUGAGGAGAUUCUUGAGAAACUACGGACCAUUGUAAGUGUUGGAGACCCAAAGAAGAAAUACACACGCUUUGAGAAGAUCGGACAGGGGGCGUCUGGGACUGUGUACACAGCCAUCGACAUCGCUACAGGACAAGAGGUUGCCAUUAAACAGAUGAACCUGCAGCAGCAGCCGAAGAAGGAACUGAUCAUCAAUGAGAUUCUGGUGAUGAGGGAAAAUAAAAACCCAAACAUAGUCAACUACCUGGACAGUUACCUGGUGGGUGACGAGCUGUGGGUGGUGAUGGAGUACCUGGCUGGGGGUUCAUUGACUGAUGUUGUCACAGAAACGUGCAUGGACGAAGCCCAGAUAGCUGCUGUGUGUCGAGAGUGUCUCCAGGCAUUGGAGUUCCUUCACUCAAACCAGGUCAUCCAUCGAGACAUCAAGAGUGACAACAUCCUGCUGGGCAUGGAUGGUUCCGUCAAACUCACUGAUUUUGGGUUUUGCGCCCAGAUUACGCCAGAGCAGAGUAAACGCAGCACCAUGGUUGGGACUCCAUACUGGAUGGCACCGGAGGUUGUGACCCGUAAAGCCUACGGUCCCAAAGUGGACAUCUGGUCACUUGGCAUCAUGGCCAUAGAGAUGGUGGAGGGGGAGCCGCCGUACCUGAAUGAAAAUCCACUCAGGGCAUUGUAUCUCAUAGCAACCAAUGGUACACCAGAGCUGCAGAACCCAGAGAAACUGUCCACGAUAUUUAGAGACUUCCUGAAUCGAUGUCUGGAGAUGGAUGUGGAGAAGAGAGGGUCGGCUAAAGAACUAUUGCAGCAUCAAUUUUUGAAGAUGGCAAAACCUCUCUCCAGUCUCACUCCUCUCAUUGUGGCUGCUAAAGAGGCUGCCAAGAACAAUCGCUAGAUCUCUCUCUUCCCUCUUCCCCUCCCUCUCUCUCACCCCUUUUCCAACAGUUUCUUUUUUCGGGAGGCACUGGAAGCUGCAGACUGAAUGACUUGACUAGUCUUUCACUUCCACCAUUUUGUCUUUCGUUAACUGCACUGACUGCUCCUUCACCCUGUGACCUUUGACUCCAUGCUCGACCUCCCCCAUACCUGACCCCCC